AUGCUGAAGCCGGGAGACCCUGGUGGCUCGGCCUUCCUCAAAGUGGACCCAGCCUACCUGCAGCACUGGCAGCAACUCUUCCCGCACGGCGGCGGCGGCCCGCUUAAGGGCGGCGGCGCCGCGGGUCCCCUGGGCGCGCCGCAGCCCCUUCAGCCGCCGCCGCCGCCACCACCGCCGCCGCCACCGGAGCGCGCCGAGCCUCCACCCGACAGCCUGCGCCCGCGGCCCGCCUCUCUCUCCUCCGCCUCGUCCACCCCAGCUUCCUCCUCCACCUCGGCCUCUUCUGCCUCCUCCUGCGCUGCUGCGGCCGCUGCAGCCGCCCUGGCAGGUCUCUCGGCUCUGCCAGUGUCGCAGCUGCCGGUGUUCGCGCCUCUAGCCGCCGCUGCCGUCGCCGCCGAGCCGCUGCCCCCCAAGGAACUGUGCCUCGGCGCCUCCUCGGGCCCGGGGCCCGCCAAAUGCGGCGGCGGCGGUGGCGGGGAUGGCCGGGGCGCCCCGCGCUUCCGCUGCAGCGCGGAGGAGCUGGACUAUUACCUGUACGGCCAGCAGCGCAUGGAGAUCAUCCCGCUCAACCAGCACACCAGCGACCCCAACAACCGUUGCGACAUGUGCGCAGACAACCGCAACGGCGAGUGCCCCAUGCACGGGCCCCUGCACUCGCUGCGCCGGCUCGUGGGCACCAGCAGCGCCGCAGCCGCUGCGCCCCCGCCGGAGCUGCCGGAGUGGCUGCGGGACCUGCCGCGGGAGGUGUGCCUGUGCACCAGCACCGUGCCUGGCCUGGCUUACGGCAUCUGCGCGGCGCAGAGGAUCCAGCAGGGCACCUGGAUUGGGCCCUUCCAGGGCGUGCUCCUGCCCCCAGAGAAGGUGCAGGCGGGGGCCGUGAGGAACACGCAGCAUCUCUGGGAGAUAUAUGACCAGGAUGGGACACUACAGCACUUUAUUGAUGGUGGGGAACCUAGUAAGUCGAGCUGGAUGAGGUAUAUCCGAUGUGCAAGGCACUGCGGAGAGCAGAAUCUAACAGUAGUUCAGUACAGGUCGAAUAUAUUCUACAGAGCCUGUAUAGAUAUCCCCAGGGGCACCGAGCUUCUGGUGUGGUACAAUGACAGCUAUACGUCUUUCUUUGGGAUCCCCUUACAAUGCAUUGCCCAGGAUGAAAACUUAAACGUCCCUUCGACGGUAAUGGAAGCCAUGUGCAGACAGGACGCCCUGCAGCCCUUCAACAAGAGCAGCAAACUUGGCCCGGCCACCCAGCAGCGCUCGGUGGUGUUCCCGCAGACCCCGUGCAGCAGGAACUUCGCUCUCCUGGAUAAGUCUGGGCCCAUGGAGUCAGGAUUUAAUCAAAUCAACGUGAAAAACCAGCGAGUCCUUGCCAGCCCGACUUCCACGAGCCAGCUCCACUCGGAGUUCAGUGACUGGCAUCUCUGGAAAUGUGGGCAGUGCUUUAAGACUUUCACCCAGCGGAUCCUCCUACAGAUGCACGUGUGCACGCAGAACCCCGACAGACCCUACCAAUGCGGUCACUGCUCCCAGUCCUUUUCCCAACCUUCAGAACUGAGGAACCACGUGGUCACUCACUCCAGUGACCGGCCUUUCAAGUGCGGCUACUGUGGUCGUGCCUUUGCCGGGGCCACCACCCUCAACAACCACAUCCGAACCCACACUGGAGAAAAGCCCUUCAAGUGCGAGAGGUGUGAGAGGAGCUUCACGCAGGCCACUCAGCUGAGCCGACACCAGCGGAUGCCCAAUGAGUGCAAGCCAAUAACCGAGAGCCCAGAAUCAAUCGAAGUGGAUUAACUGAUUGACUGGUUGGAAUUAAACUGCAAGGAAAGUCAUGAUUAAAUGUCACGGACACUUAAGCAAAACCAAAGAUUUCCUCUGAGCAACUUUCAAUCAGUCCCAGAAAACCAAAAGCAGUAAUAAAAUAAGUAAGAUGUUAAGAGAUAUUGAUCCUGGCGUGGAAGUCAGACCAGGAAAGAGAUUAUUUAUUUAUGACUAGGGAUGAGACUUAUUUCGGUGGACAGCUAACCUGGGAUGGCUAACAUUUCCAGUUCCACCAUGUCUUUGCUUUGUUUCUAAAAAGCUUUUUAAAAACUGUUAUUUAAUACCAAAGGGAGGAAUCAUAGGGGUUCUUCUGCCCACAGUCGUGACUAAGAAUGCACAGGGACUUGGUUCUCGUUGCACCUUUUUCUAGUAGCAUGUUUCAUGGGGACCCGCUGUACAGCCCUUCUUCCCGCUGUUUCGGCUUGGCCUGGCCAGAGGCCGCCCGGGGGACCUCGAGGCAGAAGCAAGAGCCUUCGCUGAGGCGGUGCCACCCUGGGCCCGAGGCGUCCCGGGGUCCUGUUCUCCACGCUCACUUCUCGUGCACUUUUCACGCGGCUCCUUCCGCCCAGCAACCUGGCCUUGAUGCAGGGGAGCCUGGAAAAGGAAGACGGUGGUUUCGGUUUCAAAAUUCAAAGGGAAAAGUGGGGGACUUAUUUCGUCCUGUCAGGAUUGCAAAAGCAUUUAAAAUGUACGGAGCUUCAUAAUACAGUAUAUUGUUCCGAAGCAGCUAGUUGAGAAAAUUUUGUUUUCAGUAACAUUUUAGCUUAAAAAAAUGAAAAUGAAAAUAAAGUUCUUCGGUCUGAGGCUGGA